AUGGCAUAUCGGUGUGGGCUCAAGGAGAAGACGCACAUUCUCACGGACAAUGCCACUCAGCACUUCGUGAGCUUUGCUGAGACGGACAGGGCCGGCGGACUCUGCCAGACUCUGGAGCAGAAUGUGGAGAAAGACUGCAACACCUGGUACGGAGAAACAGAAUGGAAAUGCGCUGGAGGUGUCUACAUCUUCAGCAAGGACAUGAAAGCUGCAAGCCGUGACAGUAUGACGUGGUGCGAUGACGAGGACCUGCUGAGCCGGGCUUGCCGAAAUCAGGGCUUUUCAAAUUUCCAACUUUAG